CGCCCUCUCUAGCCCCGCCCCCGGCCGGUAGAGGCUUUUCGAUUGGCCCACAUAAAGUCUCGCGUGGUUUGGGGAGAAAGGGCAGACGGCGGUGUGCAGUGGACGGGGCGGGACGAGGGUAGUACAGCGUAGCAGCGAGCUAUGGACAGCCGGAAGGGAAGCCCUAGUUAAGGGGUUCCGCAGCAGAGGAAGAGCAGCGAUAGAACCCUAUGAGCGUCCACUAUGUCUGGGCCAGCGCAUCAUCGUGUACACAUGCGUAGAAGAAAGACCAGGAUUGGUUUGUGGGACGGUCUCAACUUCUUGUCGCAACCAAUCUGGACGCGCCGGGGGUGGGUCUUAUCCCUCUGACAGUCUGCGCGCGCAUUUCUUUCGGCGCGCAUUUCGUCCAGCAAUGGAGUCGGAUCUUGUAAGGCACCUCGCCCGGCGCCUCGGCCUCGAGGAGCCGAGUGUACUGAGGAAAGCAGAGGAGUACCUGCGGCUAUCUAAAGUGAAGUGUGUCGGUCUGUCUGCACACACCUCAGAAACCAGCAAUGCUGUCAUAUGCCUGGACCUUGCAGCGUCCUGUAGGAAGUGCCCCUUGGAUAGAGCGUAUUUAAUUAAGCUCUCUGGUUUGAACAAGAAGAUGUAUCAGAGCUGUCUUAAAUCUUUUGAGUGUUUGCUGGGGUUAAACUCAAAUAUUGGAAUAAGAGACCUGGCUGUGCAGUUCAGCUGUACAGAAGCCGUGAACUUGGCUGCGGGGAUACUGCAAAGCUAUGAGUCUAGUCUUCCGGAAGCACAGCGAGCAGAUCUUGACUUGUCCAGGCCACUUUUCACCACGGCAGCUCUACUCUCAGCGUGCAAAAUUCUAAAGAUAAAGGUGGAUAAAACCAAAAUGAUAACUACAUCCGGUGUGAAAAAAACAAUAUUUGAUCGACUGUGUACACAGCUAGAAAAGAUUGGACAGCAAAUUAACAGAGACUCUGCAGAUUUAGCUAGUCCAGCACUGAAGAAAAAGAAGCCAGCGUUUAGUCCAGCACUGAAGAAAAAGAAGUCAGGGCUUGAACAACCAGCAAAAGACAUAGAAGUAAUAGAAACCUCAGAUAAACUGCCGAAAGACGCAGGUCUGACACAGGAUUAUGAGGAAUGGAAAAGGAAGAUUUUGGAAAAUGCUGCCAAAGCUCAAACAGCCGCAGCGGAGUGAUUUCCAUUUCCUGCAGGCCUGUGCGCCUCUCUGGGAGGUGAAGGCUGUGGAGACUUCUCUAGGCUUGUACACCAGGUGUGCUAAGGAGUAUCUCCAUAUCGAGGAUGUUAGCACUGGGCACCUCACAUGGACAUUGGAUCAACCAUAUUGCCUCUGUGGACUCAGAUCUGUCCUCUUCUAUGAGGUGAAAUCGGGACCAUUUUGCUUCAGUGUGUUAAGUUUAAGGAAGUUUCCUGACUAAACCGAGAAUGCAGAUUUCAAGCUGAAAGGCAUCUCAGACACAUUUUUUUGUUUUUGUGGGUUUUUUUAAAUUUUAUUUCACUAAAUCAAUGUUAUAUACCCUAAGUUAAUAAAUAUUUAUUUUUAAAGACUUUUUUU